GAUCAAGGCAUGUCAAGUGACGCACUGCACUGCCUGAAUUAUGUGGGUGUGUUGCUUGUUGUUGGCUAUGAGUGUGUGUGGCGGUCUCGAAGCAAGCUAUCUUUGCUAGCCUGUUAGCUAACAUCAAACACACCCGCAAGCGAGCGAAACAAAAAGCUGUCAACAUGGCCUUGAACGCUUUUUUAGAACUACACCUAGCCACUAAUCAAAGACGUUUCGUAUAAGUUACACCUGAUCUGUUCCCGGACACCCCCCUUGUGACCCCCCUGUCCUCUGGGCGGGCCGGCCCCGCUCUGCCGAGGGCCCGGAGGCGCAGCAGCACUGAGACUGCAGCCAGGCCCCGGCCCUCUGGCUCCUCAGCCCCCCCCAGCAGAGGCAGCAUGGAGGUGGGUAUGCGUGUGGUGCGUGGCUUAGACUGGAAGUGGGGGAACCAGGAUGACGGCGAGGGCCACGUUGGCACCGUGGUGGAGAUCGGCCGGCAGGGCAGCACCACCACACCGGACAAGACGGUGGUGGUGCAAUGGGACAGCGGCACGCGCACCAACUACCGCACUGGUUACCAGGGCUCCUACGACCUGCUGCUCUACGACAAUGCCCAGAUUGGUGUACGCCACUCAAACAUCAUCUGUGACAGCUGUAAGAAGCACGGCAUCAUGGGAAUGCGCUGGAAGUGUAAGGUGUGCUUUGACUACGACCUGUGUACGCAGUGCUACAUGAACAACAAGCAUGACCUCGGCCAUGCCUUUGAGCGCUACGAGACUGCACAUUCGCAACCAGUGAGCUUGGCACCGAGGCAGAACCUCCCACGCAUCAUCCUCAGAGGAAUCUUCCAAGGCGUGAAAGUAGUUCGUGGACCUGACUGGGAUUGGGGCAGCCAAGACGGAGGGGAAGGCAAGGUUGGGAAGGUAGUGGACAUUCGUGGCUGGGACACAGAGUCUGGCCGAAGUGUGGCCAGUGUCACAUGGUCCAAUGGCACCACUAAUGUCUACAGAAUGGGUCACAAAGGCAAGGUGGACCUCAAAUACGUAUCAGACGUCCAGGGAGGCUUCUACUACAAAGACCACCUUCCAAAGCUAGGAGAGCAUGCUGAGCUGCAGAGGCAGGAGAGUGCAGACAGCCACAACUUCCAGCAGGGAGACAAGGUGAAGUGUCUCCUUGAGGUGGACAUCCUCAGACAGAUGCAGGAGGGACAUGGAGGGUGGAACCCUAAAAUGGCUGAGUACAUCUGCAGGAUCGGGACGGUCCACAGGAUCACAGAUCGGGGGGAUGUCAGAGUUCAGUACAGCAACAACAUUCGCUGGACUUUCCACCCUGGGGCCCUCACUAAGGUGAAUACUUUUGGUGUUGGAGAGCUGGUGCGAGUGCUGGAGGAUAUGGACAACGUAAAAAGACUUCAGACAGGCCACGGAGAGUGGACUGAUAGCAUGGCACCUGCUCUGGGCCAGGUUGGCAAGGUGCUGAAGGUUUAUGCGGAUGGAGACCUUCGAGUGGCCUUCGGAGGCCAGACCUGGACCUUUAACCCCGCGUGCCUCUCGGCCCAGACCCUGGAGGUGGACGCUAACCUCAUGACGGCCGAGAACCCCAUCGAAUCCGGAAACACUGUCAUCUCAGUCCUGGAGAAGCUACUGUCCCAGUCCACGGAGCAGGACAACCCCAGCCGGCUGGUCAUUGAGGCGGCACAUGGUAGUGCCAACAAAGUCAGGGAGCUGGUCCAGAAAUACCCCGACAAGGUGGAUAUCAAGAACCAAGGGAAGACGGCCCUGCAGGUGGCCGCCCACCAGGGUCACAUGGAGGUGGUGAAAGCUCUGCUCCAGGCCAACAGCUCCAUCGAGGUGAAGGAUGAAGAUGGAGACACUGCCCUGCACUACACGGCAUUCGGGAACCAGGCAGAGAUUGCACGGCUGCUGCUGAGCAAGGGGGCCAACGUCAACCUGCUGAACAACUCCAUGUGCACGGCCCUGCACAUCGCCGUGAACAAGGGCUUCACCGACGUGGUGCGCGUGCUGACCGAACACUCGGCCGACGUCAACCUCCAGGAUUCGUACGGUGACACACCGCUUCACGACGCCAUCGCCAAAGACUUCCGGAACAUCAUUGAGAUUCUGGUGGUGGUCCCCAGCGUUGACUUCACCCAGCAGAAUAACCGAGGCUUCAACCUGCUGCACCACGCGGCUCUUAAAGGCAACAAGCUGGCCACUGAGAAGAUCCUGGCCAGAGCACGACAGCUGGUGGACGUCAAGAAGGACGACGGCUUCUCAGCUCUGCACCUGGCGGCCCUCAACAACCACAGGGACGUGGCGGAGAUCCUCAUGAAGGAGGGCCGCUGUGACGUCAACAUCCGCAACAACCGCCACCAGACGCCCCUGCAGCUGGCGGUGACGCAGGGCCACGGGGACCUGCUGCAGCUGCUGGCGGCCGAGGGGGCCGACGUCAACGUGGAGGACGAGGACGGCGACACGGCCAUGCACGUGGCCCUGAGCCGGCCGCAGCUGGCCAACGCCACGCUGGCCCCCGCCGCCACCGCGCCCCUCGCCAUCCCCGCCACCACUACCAACACCCCCCCGGCCCCCCUGGGGGGCGAGGGCUCCUCCUCACUCUACUGCCGGUUGAGUGGUUCGGGGUUGCUGGGGAACACAGAGCUGAGCGUGGGCGCUGCCAUUGCCUGCUUCCUGGCGCAGGAAGGCGCCGACAUUAACUACGCCAACCACAAAGGCAAGAGUCCAUUGGACCUGGUGGCAGAUAGCGCUGUGCUGCAACUCAUCAAGAACUUCUCCGAGAAGCACAGGUUGCAGAGGCUGCAGGCCAUAACGUGUGGCCAGGGCCUGAGCAGUGGCAGUCUGCGGCGGGUCCACACCACACCCAACACCAUGACCAACCUGGCCAUGCCCGCCCCUCCAGGGCCCAGCGAGUGCCUCAUCUGCUCUGAGCUGGCCCUGCUCAUUCUCUUCUGCCCCUGCCAGCACAGUGUCGCCUGCGAAGAGUGUGCCCAUCGAAUGAAGAAAUGCAUCAAAUGCCAGGUCACAAUCACCAAGAAAAUAAGACAAGACCAGACAGAGGUGGACUGCAGCCCGGUCUCUGAGAACUCGGAGCAGCACAACCUGCUGGAGCAGCUGCAGUCUCGCUACCGGCAGAUGGAGGAGCGCAUCACCUGCCCCAUCUGCAUCGACAACCAUAUCAAGCUGGUCUUCCAGUGCGGACACGCCUCCUGCAUCGACUGCAGCGCCGCGCUCAAGACCUGCCCUAUCUGCCGGCAGACCAUCCGGGAGCGCAUUCAGCUCUUCGUCUGACCUUUGACACCCCCCCCCCUCUCCUAUCGCCCAUCCAGUCUUCUUUCCCACCACCCCCCCCCCACCCCACCCCACACACACACCACCACCCGUUUCUCAAAGGUCCCUUCUCUCCCGCCCGUCAGUUGAGUUGUGAGGGACCACGUGGGUGACUGGUCUGUGGGCGAUGAUAUUCAGCCAUGCUAGCGGCCGUCCGCGUUCCCCGUGGCGAGUAGCGUUCCGUCACCUGCGCUGCGUCCCGCGGAGCGGGUUCUCGUAAGUUCCCACUUCGUGUUGUGUUUGAACUAGUCUUGGGACAGGAUACCAUCACGCUGACUGCAUGGACAAAAGGGUUGUCCCCUCUUGACGAGCGACUGCUCCCAGCUGUGGAGCGGGUUGGAUCAUGUGAGGAGACGGUGACGUGCUCAUCCCUUCUCUCUCAUUGGUGCCCAAGGAGGAAGUCUCUCCACCAAUAGGGUGGAAGUCCCUCCCAGGUGAGGCUGUCUCCCCACAUUCUGAUCCCCCCCUCCCCACCUUUGCUGCUUAAAGUGGAUGUCUCUCCCCCCCCCUCCCCACCUUUGCUGCUUAAAGUGGAUGUCUCUCCCCCCCCCCCCCCUUCCCCACACACACACCCGUCUGUCUUGCCUCCCCUGUUUACAAAGCUGCAGAGAAACAGUCUGAUGUCUACCCCCCCCCCCCCCCCCCCCCCUUGACUCCUGUGAAUUCUGUUUGCUCUUGUUUGUAUCAAGCUCUUUGUAAUCAGUGUUAGUCUCUGGAGAGGGUGAUGGUAUAACUAAAGGCUCUAUGUAUAGUCCUUUCCCUCUCGUCUGUAUGCAAGGGGAAACCCUUUAUAUGCAUGAGUAUAUGCAUACUGUAAAGCUGAAAAGACUUUGUGUGUUGUGGGUUUUUGGUUACAUUUGUGGUUCUAUGUAAUGGUAAUUAGUACAUAUUUAUUUAUGUCUGAAAGGUGUUUCUAUUUAGCAAUGUCAUAUUUUUUAUGUUUGCUUGGCAACAAGGAUUUUUCUGCUUAAACGCACCCCAAGCCUAUGUCUUCUACUCAGGGUCUAGAAUCAUUGAAAGCACUUGCAAAACUGCAAAAGGUUGUGAAACGGUUUAAAAGUCAACCCCCUUUUUUUUACAUAUAGAGCUGUCCAGACAAUUUUGGUGUGCGUCCACCAAAGAAAAAGUUGUUUAACUCAACAGAAACAAACACAAACGUUGGUUCAAUGGCAAAAUCUUCCCAUCUAGCUCAACCUUCAACCUUACCUUUAAUGCUUAGUUAUAAAAUGAAUGUUUAUCAUAUUAUAAUGGUUUCCUUUAUAAAUAGUGCAAGUCAUUAUCCUUACACCAUCACUCAGCACAUAUAGAGCACUGCUUGGUUUUGUAGCUUCUCCGCUUCACAUCGAAAGCAUGAUCUGCGACCUCUGAAGCCUGAGGGGGUGUCUGCAGUCCUGAGUGGGCUACAUGGGAAGGGUGCUAGCGUCAUCUUGAUAACCCCGCUCCACUCAGCCUCAGUUGGUGCAGAGGUCAGAGACCUCAGGUCAGCUUCGGACUCUUUGUCUGGAGGCAGAUGGGCUCGCUGCAUGAAGGAAAGUCACCAUAACCACUAAUGAAAACAGAAUAGAAAGGAGUACAAGACAACACGGUGGGAACUCCAACAAAGCAGAGCCAAACAUGUCAUUUUGGUUCAUCAAAUCAUAAAGGCGAAUAAGGCCAUCGUUUUUCUUUUUUUGUCGGAUGUUUCGAUGUAUUGUAAACAUUUAAAAUUAGAAGGACAGGAAUAAUUCUUGUGUGUUGCAUCUAUAGUUAACGUCCCGCAUCCUUGUCAAGCCUACUUAGAUGUCCUUCCUCUGUCCACUUUUUUGGCAAGCAUUUUGGAUUGUAUUUCAUUUCAUUCUUUGUAAUAUUUAGGUUGUUUUCAGAAGGGCUUAUGCAUUUAAGACAAAAUGGUAUCUAUUUUAUUCUAUUUAAUUUUUUCUAUUGUAAACUUCCAGAGUGGGGUUUUUGUAGAUCCCAGAUUUGGGAGAGCCAAUAUUAAGAUGUACAUUUGAAUGUCAGAAAAUGUAACCUGUUUUACUCUGCCUUUUUGUGGAAAGGUUGUGAAGAUUUUCAUGAGAAGGAGACAGCGAGGGAGAGAAAAAGGAAGGUUUAUUGCGAAGGUUUACUCGCUAGAGGUACCACUGCACCAGUGCCAAAUUUGUAAAAGGAUGUGCACAUGCCUGCACGCCCUAUUACUAUGCUGAACUGAGCCUAUACAAGGUUAAAGGCACUAAAACUAAGUAAUUAAAGCACAUCAGUUAAACUGGUGGGUCCCAUACUUGGCUUUCAAAUACAUUGGUCCUUUUCUCUCUAAAGACAGUCAGCUGAUUUGUCCGUUGAGCAGUAGAAUGACUAGUGUAUGAGGGUUAAUACUGCUUAGAAAGUUGGGAUGACAGUGUGUAGUUUUAACAUCCUCUGUGUCCAUCCAGCAGAGGUAUCAACGUAUCAAACCAACACAGGGACACAGUCAUGCUCACCCCGACUUACAACAGAUGUCUCCCAACAGUUUUCCAAAAUCCAUAUAAUCAAUCCCAUUUUUCAUUUUUGUAUGGCACAUAAAGAAUUUAAAAAAGCAUUUCUUAUGCCUGGUCAAAAAUAACUAGAGAUAAUUUUCAAAAUUAUUUUCUGGUGCUACAAGGUUGGUCAAGCAAGGAGAGUGUGCACAGGCAAUAAUGUUGAGAAGAACUUGGAGGUUUGAGGUUUUUACAAGAGGAUUGCAUUAGAAAAAGCAUUACAUAAAAUACUAUUAAAGCAACAAUGUUACUAUUGGUGUUUGUACAGUACAGCUCUUGGAGUGCUCAUGUUGGCCUUACUGUCCAUUCCUCCUUUUGUUUUUUGUUUUUUCAGUUGUAUUCUGUACUAAAAUAUUUUGCAAUAAAUAUGGAACUGUUUUAUAAGGACA